AUGUCUAGACUAUCCUCUUUAGUUUCUCUCUACCCAGGAUUUAACCCCUCAAUGUAAAUUUUAUGCAGUUUUACCUUAGAAGGUACCAAUACUUAUAUAAUCGGGACAGGACAAAAAAAAAUCCUAAUAGAUACAGGAGAAGGCAUCCCUGCAUGAAUUGAGAAUUUAUCAAGAAAUAUUGCUCGAAAUGAGCUGCAAUGCAUUCUUAUAACUCAUUCACAUCCUGAUCAUAUUGGAGGGAUAAAUGAUGCAUUUAAUUACUUCGGAAGAGUGCCUGUCUAUAAAAGAGUUAUGGACAAUGAAGAAGAUAGAGAAAUUAAUGAAAAAUUUCAAAAUCAAAUUUAUUCACUGUCUGAUAAUGAAAUUAUCAGAACUGAAGGGGUAACUCUACAAGCAGUGUUUACGCCUGGGUAUUUUUUACAUAGUCAUAAAAACGAUCAUGUUUGCUAUUUUCUGCAAGAAGAAAAUGCUGUGUUUACAGGAGAUUUAAUAAUGGGGAGAGGAUCUGUAACUGAUAUAUAGACAAUACUAGAUGUGUAUUACGACUAUAUGAACUCUUUAUAUAGAGUCCAAAAUAUAGCUCCAAGAAUCCUAUACACAGGACAUGGAGAAACCAAUAUCUUUGCAGCUGAAAAAAUAACAGAAAACAUUGAGCAUAGGAAUCAAAGAGAGCGGCAAGUUUUUAAUGCUUUGGAUUCUCAGAAGACGACUGAAGAAAUUGUAGCUACUGUAUAUGGCCAAUUGGAUGAAAAGGUAAGGUCGUCAGCUAUUUUUAAUACGAACCAAUAUCUUCAGGCGUUAAAAAUCAAAAAUCUUGUGGAAUAUAGUGAAAGCGAAUUAAAGUGGAAACGUGCUGAGUAA